AUGCAAGAUGAUCUAAAUAAAGAAGCUUCUAAUAACUAUGGUAAUGCCGAUUCUAAUCAAUAUCCACCAAUGAAUCAACCACAAUUUGGACCAGGAAAUAUACUUAACAAUGCUGCACCACCACCGAGUGGCUAUCCAGCACCAGGUCAAGCACCGAUGAUUCAGCAGCAACGUUUUAUUGUUAUGCCAAAUUAUCGAUCAUGGAAUAAUAUGCAAUCAAUACCUAUUGAAUCUAAUACUAGAGCAUUUUUAAUCAUUUCAGGUAUCUUUUAUAUGAUAUGGGGUAUAAUGGCAUUAGGUCUGGAAAUUGGUAUUAUUAUUAAUUUUUAUUCGACUUAUUAUAGUGGUAUUUGGGCAGGUGGAUGUCUUACUGGUGGUGGAAUUGGGAUGUUGAUUAUAGCAUGCAAGACAUCGCACGUUAUGACUUAUUUGAUACGAACAUUUAUUAUUAUACUGGUUCUUUGUGUAUCAGCACUUAUUUUAUCUAUUGUGAAUAUUUCUGUCUCAUAUCAAUGUAAUCCAGAUUCUUAUUGGUACAACUAUUGUGAUCGAUUAUUAGCCACUAAUUUAAAAAUAGUUAUCUUAGUCUUAUUUGUGAUUGCUAAUAUUCAUUCUGUAAUCAAUAUGUUUGUGAUUGGUAAAGUACAAAAAAGAGCAGCAACAGCAUCUCUAACAAAUAUACCAAAUUAG